AUGCAACAGUUUCAUAAUAACUGUUUAGUAAAUCAAGUAGGAAUAACCACUCAAUCCACGAUAUUCGAUUCUCUACCAAUUAAAACACCCCAAAAGUCUACCUCCUCCCAUCAUCUCCCUAGUAGCCACUGGAAAAAUUUUCACGUUGACAGGAAAAAUAACCUUCGUCGUAGAAACCAUGAUAUGAGCAGUAGUGAAAUCUGCGAUACCUCAGGGACAACCCUUCAGUCCGUUUUUCAUCUACAUCCUCUUCUGGUUGUGUGUUUUGUGCGGCAUGUCGACCUGGAGGGGAUGCAGGUCGCUACACCCCAGUGUGUGGAGGGGGCCAUUCGUGAGCUUCAGGGCUUCUUCUCGAAGCCGAUCCCUACAUCAAGCAUUCACCCUCAACAGCUAGCAACGAGUGGAGGAGAUAACACGACAGAAAGGGUAGGGAGCUCCGUGACGAUUCAAUUUGGAAAGGCACUUGAGGUCUUUUCAGGGAGUGGCGAUAUGGGCUUAAACAUAUUUCUUUAUUCCACUAAUGAGUCUUAUUCUCGUCCGCGAUCUUGUGCAAAUAUUGCUAAGGAAUGGCGUGCGCAGCUUGCCAAAACUGGUGAGAAAUGUAGUUUAGUAAUACUUCAUCACAGAGACUUCGUCUCCCCUGAGGCGUCGUCUCUGCGAGACUUAAAUUUCGUCGAAGGGACCUCCAAAGGAAAAUCACUAGUGACACCCGAUGCUAAAAUAGACACCAUGGCUGUCGCCCUAAAGUCCUACUAUACUGAACUCCGGUCUUGUCGCUUUUCACCUCAGCAAAUAUGCACCUAUGUCUCAACUGAAACACCCAAAAAGCUUCUCGAAUGCAUACGCAUAGCCUCCAUUAAGAUGAUCAAAACUUUGAAGGACAGGUUUCACUGGUAUUUAGAAAAAAAACAGUCGCUACCAAUGGAAAAGGACUUAGGAAACCCCAACUAUACUCGUCAUGUUCCCACAUAUAGUAGUGAUGGAAUAUUGCUCUUACUUCCUUCGCCUACAGCAGUUCAGACCACCUCUUGCGAUUCUGAUCACAUACAUGACCGGCCCUCAAGCGUUUCAUCUGUAUAUACCUCUCCACUCCCAUCAGGUAUCCACUCACGCUCCACCAGCUCUAUGGCAAAUAGCAACUCGAAUAUGAUGAAAACAGAGAGUGUGGGGGCAUCUUUGACCAAAAACCCCCUCGCACGCACAAUCUCUCAUAAGCCAAACGUCUUCAACGCCACUCAACUCUCCGCGACGAUCCUCACAACUUGGAGUAUCCAUCAAUUCUGGCAGCUCGGCCUCGACCUCGCUCGGUACUACCUAAGCUUCGGCUUUCUCCGUGAGGCGAGUGCCGUGUUUGAUCGACUCUACAUGGAAUACUACAACAACUCCGACGACUACAGCUUUGUGAGCAAGACGGAAACGUUAGAAAGACUUGGCUGGAUGCAAAAUCUUUUUGACCUGUACGAUACGCGAGGGGAGAUGGGGUUGACGAAGUACCCUAAAGCAUUGGAGCAUGGUGCAGAGCUUAUUGAUGGGUUUCUUUUGAUUACCGCACACGCCAUAACCUGCGUUACGCUCCUUGACGGUCAGGUUACGACAGCUAAAAAGCGUUUUUUCGACACUUUUAUCAAUGUGGUUCAGGAGAAGUUCACGGAGCCCCCAGCGGCGUUGUUCCCACGAGUUCACCGAGAUUAUUUUCUUUUGAAAUGCUUUCUAUCCGGGCUGAGCACCUUGUGGCCAACUUACGGACUUACCUCUUCAACGCUGCGGACGACUUUGGCUUCGCCACAAGAUAUCGUUGGCUAUGUUGAAAGAAAUGCAAAAGAUGAAUUCUCAUCCAAUUCCCCAACUGAUCGUGAAGGGAGUGGUGCUGCCUUAUCCACGACAUCCUACGAUCUCCCGCAACUCGAUAGUUCGUUUUUAAGCCUUCUAAAAGGUGAAGUAGUAGAUUCGGACUUUAUACGCGAUGAGGACGAAGAUAGUCUCUCAACGGACUUCUUUUCAAACGGUAAAGCAUUGGAGCAUAAGCUGUUAAACAUGAUAUUUAGGGAGGGUACGAAUACCUUGAACGACUCAAUUGCGCGACUUGUGGAGCUUGUAAAGUUCCUAAAGCUAGUGCCGAGUGAUGCCGUGCCCGCUGUGAUAGCGGAUGAUGCCGACAGUCUGGCGCGUGUUCGGAGAAGCUGUGUAGAAAUUGCUGCGCUGGUGGUCUGCGCAAAUAAAUCGCAUCUUUCACUAUGUGAAGCCUUUGGCUAUAACAACGUAGCCACCUGCUGGGAAGGACUAAACAUUCGCAGCAAAAACAACUGUAGUAAUAGCCGAGACACCGACGUCAAGCAGGAGGUGCAAGGGUCUUUUCAGGAGGGUAUAAAGUUCUCUCUUGGAAGGGCGCGUCAAUUUUGGCGAUACCUCACGGCCUUAGCUGCUGCCGCCUUGGGGAUAUCAGGGGAGCACCGGAGGGAGUGCACUCACUACGGGUCUCUGGCGCUUUCUUUUUUCCAUGAGAAUCCAAAGCUGACAGCCACCAUUGCAGCGAACCGUCUGAUCCCCUUUAUUAGAACGCACCGUUGGUGCUAUCUGGAGUACACUUUCCGACUAUUGUACGUUGAGAGCCUUCACAAGUUAUUUUCUCUCAUCCAGACACAAGAACAAAGCUGGGAUGCGGAGACGAAGGUAAAAGUGUGGUCGCUCCUGUUUAACAUCCAAACACCCUACGCAUUGUUUAAGGAAUCUCUGCUAUUUUUGAUAGGCUUCCCCAGUGAAUCCAGCGAAGGAUGCUCAAGCACGCAACCGAAUGCUGGUAUUGACACUGUAAACACAAUGUGUAAAAUAGACUACACCCACAGCCCCAUUUUGUACUCUAUAUUUCCAUCAAGAACACAAGUUGAUUUCUGGGAGAUGGUCUUGCACGUUGACGCGCUAGUAGAGUUUCCCUUGUUUAAAGGAAAGAUACCGAAGUUUCCUUUUGAUUUACUUCUGCGGAAUCAGUGUGUAUGGGCAGCACCCCUUGACAAACUGGAAGGCCUGUCAACACCUACUACGAAACAAAUUCAUCUUGGGCUCUUGGACCCCGUCAAUAUUUUUUUGAACUUUGAAUGUCCUGUUGACAUUUUACGUUCGGUAUUCUCCUCUCACGGACGCCCAACCAUGGUCUGUGCUGUUCUGGAAUCACGAAAGGAAUGGAGUAAUUCAUUAGAGAUGAUCCACAUACUCAAGCGCAUCGAACCUAGUACAACUUGCUACAAUCCGAAUACGCAUCGCAUGGAGCUUCAGUUUAGCACGACGCCAUGUCAUGCUGGCCACUAUCGGCUUCGCUGCCUGAAGUUAGUUAACGGUUCGACAAGACUUGUCUACUACCCAUUCCAUGAUGAAGUUCCAUGCGGCAGUAUGUCUCAAGCUAAUUCAAGCUUAAAUAGUUCUAAACCUGCCCGUACGCAACGAAUCGAUAAUGAAGUGCAUGUGCUUAAGAGAGCUCUGCAUCUCCAUGCCCACGCUUUGCGUCUGAAUGGUCCUGCAGCCCUGCUUUUCUCCUGUACGCAAGUUUUGUUUCAUGUUUCUGAACCAGCUGGAAAGGUUCGGCUCAGCAUUCGCCGCCUCCCCUGCGAUGAGCACUGCUUUGCAGACGCGUUGUCGUAUUUCACGGUUUUCAUUGAGAUGGAGGAGCCUCUGGAGAUUCCAGCACUGCAAUCCGAGGCUGCGCUUGACUCUGCUGGGACGUUCCCUAUACAUAAUCUGCACCCUAAUGUAAAUCAAGAUACACCAUGCAACCUCAGAGAUCCCGAACUAAAAUCUAAUCCCCUCCCUCCUCGGAAACUUCAUGAAAACGGUCAAGGGGAAAAUCCGAAAUCAACGUGUUGCUUUAAAGCCGCUCCAGAUGUGUUGUCCGGAGGGAACCGUUACCACGGUUGUGGGCCUCCUCUGCUUAAGUUGGGGGCGCCAUUUACCAACCUGGGAUAUCCCUCCUUUCCUUCCCCGACAACCCUCCACAUCCCUCAUUCCUCUCCCAUGGGUUUGGACGCGGGGGAGGGGGGGGGUUCCCCCUCAUCGCGGACCCCUCCGUCGUGGCGAUUCUGUCGAUUGUGCGCCGUGGCGGCCCAUCGCGGUAUUCCACUCUGA